AUGAGAUCCAACCCGUUCUCCGGCAGCUCGCUUCCAACCGCCUCAACCUGCUCUCCAACACAAAAGACAGGCGCCCGUGUCAGGACGCCACUCGUGUUUGUCGGUGUCACCAGCUCCCGCUGUUCGCGUGUCCGUGCCGGACUCAAACUAGCUUUAGCGGGGCAUGAAGGGCGCGUGAUGUUUAACGUUGCCCACCGCUCUCGUAAAUACUCCCCCACGCGCUCCGCGGUCGAGGAUGUCUCCCAGGUGACCGGUGUCCAAGCGAACGAGGCGCCCGAGGCGACGUGGCCGCCGCCGGGUGCGAAGAUGCGCUUUUCCAAGGGCCACAAGGGCGCCGCGGUGGUGAAAGCCGUCCGCCGGCAUUCGUCUCCUCCGCCGACGAGCCUCGAGAGUUUGGGGGCGGCCUGGGGCGAAAGGGGGCAGCCGGAGGUGAAACCGGGGAGAGGGGCGCCGCAAGCCGCGAGGAACGCCGAGGAAGCGGGGGCGCCGGGCCGGAGCAGGAAGAAAGGGUUCCGGGCCCCCGACGUGAGGACCAUCUUCUCCCCCGCAGAGAGGGACCCCAGGGUGGUGGAGGAAUCCGGCGAGGGCCACAGCUUCCAGCCCACCGGAGUGAGCGGGUGGUGUGACGUGUGCUGCCAUUACAUCCUCCAACAUGGCCUCACCUGUGCAGGUUGUAAAUAUGCGUGUCACGCUGCCUGUCGGGAUAAAGUUAGACUCGACUGCCAUCCCGCCGCCUCACCCAGCAGUCAGGACCAACUCAACAACAACACGCAGCUCCAUGAUGUGGAGAAGGAGAAGGAGUUGCGGACAGAGCUCAGCAGGGAGGAAAUCAGACUGAGGAUCGAGCGGUACAACUCGCUGACCAGAGACCAUCUAAAAAUGACACUGGGUCCUUCUGGCGUGUACACCGGUUUCAUCAAGGUCCAGAUGGAGCUGAGGAGGCCGGUGACAGUCCGGGGGGCUCAGAGAGGAGCAGCAGGAACCAUGACCAGGGAGGCCUUCUAUCUGCCCCGAGGAGUCACCAACACCCUCCACAUCAGCUCCAAUAACACAGUCAAACAGGUGAUCGUCGCCCUGCUGAACAAGUUCACAGUCGCGGACAACCCGGCCAAAUAUGCCCUUUAUAAGCGCUACUGCAGGGAGGAGCAGGUGUACGUGUGCAAGCUGGCAGAUGGUGAGCAGCCGCUGUUCCUGCGUCUGGUGGCGGGACCCGACCUGGACACGCUCAGCUUCGUGCUGAGAGAACAGCAAACCGGAGAAGUCGUGUGGGAGGCCUUCUCCAUCCCCGAGCUGCGCAACUUCCUGCGGAUCCUCGACAAAGAGGAGCGGGAGCAGAGGGAGGCCAUAGUUCACCGCUACGAGGCCUACCGGCAGAGACUGCAGGAGGCCAUGAGCGAGCUCCAAGCCCCCCCCCAGAGGAACUGAGCUCAAUAUAACCGGACUGCUGCCCCCUAAAGGGGCGGAGGACUCGCUCUGUUCCUUUCAUCUCCUCGGAGGACAACUUGCGGCGUAAUGUACAUUUUGGCAAAAGGAGGGACGGGAAGAAGCUCUAAGGAGAGGAUAACGCACCUGGAUGGAGGGAUUUUCAGGCGGAGAGAACAAAACUGCGCACGAAGGACAGAAAAAGGAUGAAUGGACAGCGCCGGCUGAACACAUCAGAGGUCCACUCGGCCGUUUGUGUCAUCCUCAUUUAUCCUCUCAGCUGUUCUCCGUCCACGCUCCUCUUCUUCUCUGACUACGUCUGUCCCGCUGUCACAUAAUUUAUGCUGUUCAUCCGAUCGUCCCCCCUCUCCGCUCGACGACACGAGGCCAUAUGUUGGAUUAUUUUUUUAUUUAAUUUGUUCGUUUUCUUUUUUUCCAGGUUUGUACAUAUUUUUCUUUCCUUUAUUUAUAUGGGUGAAGCGUUUUUGUCUUUUUGUUUUUCCUUUUCUUUUGUUUUCUCUUUUUAAACAUUUUUUUUUAAAAGAAAGUCUUAUUUUAGUUCAGGAACAAACCACGUUUUGACACAGAGACUGAGAAUAGUUUAUAGAGACUACCGCUAGAUGGAUGGACACCGGGCCAGGUGUUGAGUUCAGGAAAACCACAGACUGGCUCAGAAAUUUGCCAUUACAGCAUUCUAUGGCAUUCAUAUUACAAAUUAGAAUAAUUUAUACUUUUUCUACUGUUAAUAGUUAAAUAAACCCUUUAAAAAAUCACAUCCAGAGUAAACAUGGUGUGAACUGAUCAAUUGAGAAGGAACAGAACUUAAUUUUACUGAAUGACAAUCAAAUCAAAAAUGUCAUUGGCAAUUAAUUUUUUAAUUUGUGUUUAUUUAAAAAAUCCCAGUAGGGACAUUUUUAAAAUGUUUUGUUUAAUUUAUAUAUUUAAUGAAAUGUGUUCUAUAAUCCAAAUUUAAAUGUAUGUCAUUUAACCCAUGAUCGUUUUGGCACACUUAUGGCUCCAUAGGUUUCAGUUUGACGCGUCCAGAGAAAUGGCAACUGAGAGUUUGACCGAGAGUCCAAACUCACAAUCAAAGAUUGGAACAGAACCAAGCCUUUGAAAAUAGGAGGUAGUUUGGGUUUUAGUUUUGGUGUCUGUAGAUUGAAGACAAGCGUGAGGUUCGCAACAAAGAGGCGGCGGGAUGGAAGGCCUCUGUUUAUGCACCCGAGCAGACCGGGGUAGGGAGUGGAAGUUUCUGGAAGUUGACCGAACGGCAAAGAGGAAGUAGAAGAGAAACACUGGACGUAGGAAUGGGGGAAUAAAAACGAAAGGAGAUUUUGCUCUUUGAAAACACAGGAGCGUUUUCUCCUAAAACAAGCUCUUUAGAACGGGUGAGAUUUUAGUGCAGCCACAAGAUUGAUGAACCUGUAAUGGGCACGGAGGACAAAAGGAGGUCUGCGAGUGCCGAUAGCUGCCGAGAACAGAGCUGGGAAAAUGACCGCAUUGUCCAAUUGGCCUGCUUAUAAGUGUCAUCUGUCGACGGCUAUUCAUUCUAAGAGCGCGCUGGUGCUCUUAUCUACCGUCAAACGUCCGGCCUUGACCUCAUCCCCAUACAGAGUUUAUGUUUCGUUUUCUUCUUGAGGGUAGAGGUGUUUCAGAGGGGAAAAAACUAGACGAAAUAUGUUUGAAGUGCAGAAAAUCCUUCAGAUGAUGGCAAAUUAAAGUCAAAAUGAUAAAGUAUGUGUAGCUAGUUUGAAGAUGUGUGGAGCUGCUUCUUUGGUUUGUGUUGUUUCUCAUGUUAAAAAAAAGGAUGUGUACUUAAGAGGCCGUCUUUUGGGUUUUAGUUUCAACAUUUAGUCACUUGCUUUGAGAAACUGAAAAGGAGAAUUUAGAAAAAGGAAAAAAAAGGAACUACAUGGACCGUUUUAGGCUAGAUUAGGAA